AUGGUAUUGCUGUUAUCGGCGGUUUUGUUUUUAGUUGUGAUUUAUGUACUUUAUUAUUUAUUGCAGAUAUUUUCACAAGUUUUUAUCAACAUACGUAAAAUUAUAAGGACAAAUAUCGUAAAAUAUGUUAAAACCAAAAGCCCUCACGCAAGUGCUAGCACAAGCAAAUACUGGUGGUGUGGAGAAUACAUUAUUACUUAGUCAAGAAGGCGCUUUGCUUGCCUACGCCGGUUAUGGUGAUAAGGAUGCGCGUGUUACGGCAGCAAUUGCUAGUAGUAUUUGGGCAGCUUACGAAAAACAUGGACGCAAUGCAUUCCGUGAGGAUCGUCUAACAUUUGUGUUAUUGGACUGUGAAUGUGGGCAUGUGGCCAUCACUCAGGUCGCCAGCAUAUUGCUUUGUUUGUAUGCAAAAGAAAUGGUCGGUUUGGGUUUACUUAAGCAGAAGGCGAUGGCAUUGGCAAACUACCUGGAGGGACCAUUAAAACAGAUUGCAGCCACAUAAAAGCAGUAUCGUGUAUCUAUUACGUAUGAGCGACUUGAUCAAGCCAAAAUAGUGAAAUAACAAUAUAUUAAGCCUUUAAAUAAAAGUAAAUUAGUAAUGAAAAAUC